CUCCUUUACUAUUCAAACCAGGGAAGUGGGGGUACCUAUCAAAUCUAACAUUUCCAUGCUUGCAGUUGCUUACCCUUUCAGCAGCGUACGAAUUUGACCAAUGUACAGAAGUCAUAAACCAGGGAAAAAAGGGAAAGCUUUGGCUAAUAUUCUAACCGAGUAGUUGCCAAGAAAGAACUACUAGUGUGCACAUGGAGAAGACUUGACUUCUUUGACUUAAUGUAGAGAUGUUAAUUGAGCUAUAAAUCAGUAGGAUAAUAUUUUUUUGGGGCAAGUUUAAGGGAAAAAUCAGUGAGAUAAUAUUGUUCUUGGGAAAACAAACAAUAUUGAUAGUGAUUUGUCGGAGUUUUAUAAUGUUGAUGAAAGCACCAGCUUACGUUUCAGUGAGUUUCAUUCUUCUGGAAGUUCUUUUGCUUCAUCUAGUAGCUCAGUCUCAAGCUCAAGCUACUACAUCUCCUAAUGAAGUGAGAGCAUUGAAUGCAUUAUUUGUAAAAUGGCGGAUAUCUGCAAAUCAAAAUCAAUGGAAUAUAAGUGGAGAGCCGUGCAGUGGAGCCGCCAUUGACAACUCCAUCCCCAUUGGUACCGCCAGUUACAACCCAUUUAUCAAAUGUGAUUGUUCGGACAACAAUAACACUCUUUGUCACAUUACCGAGAUGCAAGUUUAUUCACUGCAAGUAACUGGUGUGAUCCCCGAUGAGCUAUGGAGUCUAAAUUUCCUCACCAAUCUGAACGUGGGACUAAAUCUCUUGUCAGGUCCACUGUCUCCAUCUGUCAGCAAUCUAACUGCAAUUAAAUACCUGAACUUCGGCAUUAAUACAUUAUCUGGGCGGCUUCCAAAAGAGCUUGGCACGCUUCCUGAGUUAAUAGUAUUAGGCAUUGGAACAAACAAUUUCUCUGGUCCUGUGCCACCUGAGCUUGGUAAUUUGUCAAAAUUAGAGCAACUGUAUAUGGGAACCAACAACUUCUCUGGCCCUCUGCCAUCAGAGCUUGGUAAUUUAUCAAAAUUAAAGACAUUAUAUAUGGACAGUUCUGGAGUGAGCGGUGAGAUUCCUUCAAACUUUGCAAAUCUAAGGAACUUGGAGUCAGUGUGGGCUUUUGACAUUGAACUUACAGGAAGGAUACCUGACUUUAUAGGAAAUUGGUCAAAUCUUAAAACCUUGAGGUUUCAAGGAAACUCAUUUGAAGGGCCAAUACCAUCAUCCUUUUCUGAACUGACCAAUCUGACUGAGUUGAGAAUAAGUGAUCUGUCAAAUGGGAGCUCAUCAUCAUUGGCAUUCAUAAGAAAUAUGAAAUCUUUAACUACCUUAGAACUAAGGAAUAACAAAAUUUCUGAUUCAAUUCCAUCUCACAUUGGUGAUUACAAGAAUUUGGUGCAUAUGGAUCUGAGUUUCAACAAUCUAAUUGGACAGAUUCCAAGCUCACUUUUCAAUUUGAGUUUGCUGACUCACCUGAUUAUUGGAAAUAAUAAGUUAAAUGGUAGCCUCCCUGCAGCUAAAAGUCAAUUUCUUCUGAAUAUUGGCUGCAUUAUGUUACCAACAGUCUCCUCACCUGAUGCUUGCAGAGAUGUAUCGUAUAAUAAUCUAUCUGGAAGUCUUCCUUCUUGGAUCAGUGAUAAAGGUUUACAACUUAACUUAGUUGCCAACAACUUCACCCUGGAAAAUUCUAACAGCAGUUUUUUGCCGCAUGGAAUGAACUGCCUCCAACGCAAUUUUCCAUGUUAUCGAGAUUCUCCAAUCUAUUCUAGCUUUGCGGUUAACUGUGGUGGUGGACAAAUUAAAUCUUAUAAUGAUAUUGAGUAUGAGAGGGAUAAUGAGACUCUUGGUCCAGCUAAAUACUAUGUGACAGACAAAAACAGCUGGGCAAUAAGUAAUGUUGGAGUAUUUAGUGGAAGCAAAAGUCCAACGUAUAAUAGCUCUUCUACAUCUAGAAUUGCAAAUACUAACGACAUAGAACUUUUUCAAACAGCUCGAAUCUCUGCGUCAUCUCUAAGAUACUAUGGUUUAGGCCUUGAAAAUGGAAACUACACUGUGACUCUCCAGUUUGCAGAAAUAGCUGAUUUCGAUACUACAGGAUGGAAAAGUUAUGGGAGGCGUGUUUUUGAUAUAUAUGUUCAGGGAAAUCGUGUUGAAAAGGACUUUGACAUAAAAAAGGUGGCAGGUGGACUCCCAAGAGCAGCAGUUGAGAGAGAGUAUCUGGCUCAGGUAUCUGAAAAUUACUUAGAUAUCCACUUGUUUUGGGCUGGGAAAGGGACUUGCUGUAUUCCCACAGAUGGUACAUAUGGACCUUUAAUUUCGGCUAUCAGAGCAACCCCAGAUUUUGAACCUACUGUAAGACCUCCAAGUCAAACCAAUGAGAAGCAUCAAACAGGCCUAAUUGUGGGGAUUGUUGUUGGUGUUGGGAUUGUAUUUCUAUCAGUUCUUUCAGUUUUCUUCUUUUUUCGAAGAAGAAAAAGGUCACAGACUGAUAAUGAUGAUGAGCUUGUGGGAAUAGAUGUUAGGCCAUACACUUUCAAUUAUGCUGAACUAAGGACUGCUACAGAAGGUUUCAGUCCUACAAAUAAGCUUGGAGAGGGAGGAUUUGGACCAGUUUUUAAGGGAACACUCUCUGAUGGAAGUGUUAUUGCUGUGAAGAAACUGUCUGUAGCAUCCCAUCAAGGGAAGAGUCAGUUUGCUGCAGAAAUUGCCACUAUAUCAGCUGUGCAGCACCGUAACUUGGUAAAACUUUAUGGAUGCUGUUAUGAGGGAGCACAACGAAUCCUUGUUUAUGAAUAUCUGGAAAACAACAGUCUUGAUCAAGCAUUAUUUGGAAAAGGAAGUUUGGAUCUUGAUUGGUUGACUCGAUAUGAUAUUUGUUUGGGAGUUGCAAGAGGUUUAGCUUAUCUUCAUGAAGAAUCGAGGCUCCGAAUCAUACAUAGAGAUGUGAAGGCCAGUAACAUUUUGCUUGAUGGAAAUCUCAUCCCCAAAAUAUCAGAUUUUGGUUUGGCCAAACUUUACGAUGAUAAGAAGACCCACAUAAGCACAUGUGUAGCUGGAACAUUUGGAUAUCUUGCACCUGAAUAUGCCAUGCGUGGACAUCUUACAGAGAAGACUGAUGUGUUUGCCUUUGGAGUUGUAGCUCUAGAGGUUGUUAGUGGGAGGCCAAACUCUGAUUCAAGCUUGGAAGAAGAGAAAAUGUAUCUUCUUGAUUGGGCUUGGCAUCUAUACGAGAACAAUCGUCAACUUGAAUUGGUGGACUCCAGAUUAUCAAAUUUCAACGAGGAAGAAGUAAAACGCCUCAUAGGAGUAGCUCUUUUAUGUACUCAAGCAUUGCCCUCAACGAGGCCAUCCAUGUCUCGUAUAGUUGCUAUGCUUUGCGGGGAUAUUGAAGUGAGUACAGUGACUUUGAAGCCCGGAUACUUAACUGCUUUGACAUUUGAUGAUGUGACCACCAAUCUUAGUGAUGACGCAAUUGAAGGAAGCUUUGAUGAUACUAGCCAUUACAUUUCUUCGGCAACUUUGAGUACAGUGGAUUCCAACCCACCAAUAAGUGGCACUCAAGCCCUGCUCCAUUGAUUGACUUUUAGUUUUGCGUCCACCAUAAGGCUAAAAAAUGUAACACUAAUAAACUUAAGUGAAAAAAUCUGCCAGAACUAUUAUGAUUGGCAUCAUCCAAUAUCCAUGUUGAAAAUUUUGGUUUAUAUUAUAUAUUUCAUGGGGAGAUCAGCAACAUCCAUUUUGAAAGUUAGUAAAUGUGUUAUUAUUCUUUA